UGUCCUUAUCUGCCGCCUCCACCUUUACAACAUUACCGCGCUGCUCUUUUCUUUUUUUUUUUCUUUUUCUUUUUUACUGUGUCUAUUUGUUUCCAGUAGAAACCAGGACGCGGGGGGGAAUCCCUCAACAUUAAUUGAAUAGAAAGAACUCCACCUCCACCUCACCUCCAAUGGCAGAGCAGAGGACGGUGCUUCCCGCUCCACCGUCCGCCCGGGGAGAGUAUUUAGGAGCGCAGCGUCCGUCCAGGAGGCCAGACGAGCAGGUGCACCGGGCAUGAUCGGUGCUUCGAGACUGAGAGGAAGCUGAUGGUUUUUUGUUGUUUUUUUUUAAUUAAACUUUUGUAUCGAGAACUGAAGAUGCGUCUGAAAACUGGGGAUUCAGGUGACUGGGACAACAUGAGGAGAAGGCUGAGAGAUCAUGUGGGAAAGCGAGGACACUGUCCCUUCAAGGCACAAAGCGAGCAGCAGGUAUCAUACAGGCGGUUCAGGAGGCGGAUCAUCCAGAGGAGCAGCAGAGAGGGUCCAGCUGCCAGCACACCGCUCACCACUGGGCGGCGCUGUGAGCCCAGCUUUGAGUUCGACCCGGUCUGUCAGAGACUGGAGCUGGACUCCCCACCACCGAGGCACCAUGGACCAGAACAGAGAGUCAUACAGGGACACCUGCAAGAGACAGCAUUAGCAGGAGGUUUGCCCGACGGCACAGAUGUUGCACCGCCCACCGUCACGGCCCAGGGAAGUCCUGCUGCAGAAAAUGCACCAGAGCAGGGAUUUGUGUGGAGAGCUUCAGCUGAGGAACAUGCAAACGCUCAACGGGCUGGUUCUGAUGACAGAAGAGAGGAUUUGCAGCCAUUUGCUCUCCUGGACGAAGCUUCUGUGAGUCCGCAGGGGAAGCCAGCGAUGAAGUUGGCGGCGCCGUCACUACUGAACGACUACUACGCUAACCUUCUCGACUGCAGCUCUUAUGGUCUGAUUGCGUUAGCGCUGGGCUCCUCUGUUUUCAUUUGGGAUUCAGAAACCCGUGCGCUGGUGGGAUGUUUGGACCCAGGACCAGGACGAGCAUCGGGCCACCAAGGUCAGUCCAUCUCCUGUCUGUGCUGGAGCAGAGACGGCAGAGCCCUCUGCAUCGGGACCAGGAGAGGGGACAUACAGUUGUGGGAUGUAGAGCAGAGACAGAAUAUGAGCCGUCUGUCAUCACACUUGUCUGCGGUCAGAGCUCUUUCCUGGAAACAGCAGUUACUCAGCAGCGGCUCUGCUCUCGGACAUAUCCAUCACCUUGACCCUCGGGCUCCUACACCUCUGGUAGGUGCAGCCGCCCAGGAGGAGGCGAUCUGCAGCCUGCAGUGGUCUCCAGGAGGCGACCGGCUGGCCAGCGGCUCCGCAGAUGGCCUCCUCUCUAUAUGGGACGGUGACGUCACAGGGCUCGCAAGGUCACAUCAGCCAAUCGCAACAAUGAAACAGCCCAGCGCCGUCAAGGCGAUGGGAUGGUGUCCAUGGCAGAGAAAGAUGAUCGCCACCGGAGGGGGAUGGAAAGAUGGCGUGCUGAGAAUCUGGGACACAGAUUCAGGGACUUGCGUGACCUCUGCCAACACAAACUCACAGAUCUGUGCUCUACGAUGGGCUGAGAAGAAGAAGUAUCUGGUCACAGGUCACGGCCUUCCUCAGCACCACGUCACCUGCUGGACCUGGGAGUUCCCCUCCCUCAGCCCAAACUACCAGCUCACAGUGGUUUGCCAUGACUUAGCGGUGGGCCAGAUCCAGCUCCAGAGACCGAUGUCCUGGUUCCAAGCCCGGGAGUUUUGUCAGAGGCACUACAUUGACCUUAUGGUCCUGAGCACAGAGGAGCAGUACUUCACUCUCCUCAAUGCCACGACUGCGAGCAAAGACAGCUUCUGGCUUGGCCUGCAGCGUCAGAGCACCAUCAGUGGCUGGAAGUGGGUUAAUGGGGAAGAGCUGAGCUACGGUCAGUGGCUCACGAAAAAUAAGUGUAAGUGUCACUGUGCGAGUUUGGAGGCCAUGUUGGAGAACGACAACAAGCUGCUGGCUCGCUACUGUCAGGAACUACACAUGUUUGCCUGUCAGGGCCCAGUUUCCCCACAGGCUGUGACGGUGGACUCCGUGGGCUCUGAUCACUUGAUUCUCAGCUGGAACAUCUCCACACUUAUGCGGACGACGCCUCACAGUUACAAUGUGACCACAUGCACCAACAAGUGUGAUACGCUCGUCUACCCCUACAGUGACGGCUCUGCAUCCAUGAGCAUCAGCGUCUCCAACUUAACUUCAGCCUCAGAGUACUUCAUAGAGAUUUCGGCUUUUGUUCAUCGGCCUGACAGUGUUACUGGCAGAGAUGUGACGCUCCGAAGUAAACCUACAGCUUUACAUGUCAAACCAGCCUCCUCGGCGUUCUCUGGCAGUCAGCAAAAAAUCAUCAUUGUCAUUUUGAAGUGGCUCAAGCUCAUGUCUCUGGCUCCUCCACUGUGGAUUCUUUAUCGUAUCCUGAUAAAAUGCAAGCCUAUUUGCUGCUGUGAACUGGAGUCAGACUCAGAUUGUGACGUCUCAGAAAUGGAGCUUUCAGCUGAGGACACAAUUGUUGAGAUGGCCCCACGGAAAACCAGAGGAGUCGGUUAACACAGGGAAAAAACGCACUCUAGAUCCAACAUUAAAAAAAAAAAUCCUUGCAACUGGGGUCUACAUGACAGGAAGAGCCUAAUUAUUCCUUUGAUAGCCUUGUUCAGGAUGGCAUGAUUUGUUCACCAAUGAAAUAUCCUGAACGAGAUGAAUAUAGCAAUGGUAAGUUUUCCUCCCUGGGGCAGAUCUUCACCCACCUGUCAAAUGAGUUAUAUGCUUCAUUCUACUGUAGUUUUGCAUGAACAAUAACAGCAUUUGUCACUAUCAUGGUAAAAUAUGGUUCAACUCUGCGGAUGUCUCCAGAGCUGACGUGUGCUGACCCACGUUGUCCUAGCUUGUGCACGCGGACCCAAAGCAUUGUGAUGCCUUCUCAUCAGCUAAAGUCCUCAGUAGGCGACAGGGAAAGUUGCUGCGUUCAUCUUUCUGCCGUUUUGUUGCAGCAUCUGUUAAAAUCUGCUGCUGUUUGGAUGUUGCUGUACUUUUAAUGCCCGCGUCCCUACAUUGAUUUGAAAGAUUCAAGCCUCGUUGUUUUUAUUCAAUAUGCCACUUCCUGUAGCUGUUUCAAAGUAAAAGCCUGGUGUUGAUAUGACUCAAUCUGAACACUCCUGCAUGCAUGCAUGCCACAAGCAGCAUAAAGACAGUAGGCUGCACUGGAGUAAAACAACUUUCCAAACAACACCAACAUCUAUGUUCUCAAAGAGCUUAAGUAAAUGGCAUUAAAAACAUUAAGAAAACAAUAUAGUGAAAUGUCUAGAUGUAAUUAAGGUUAAUAAUGUGUUCUUGUGGGCUACAAAAACUACAGUUAGCAUGCAACAUAUUUCAAGAUCAAUAGAGAUGUGAAAGUGGGUGACCCACAAUAUUCAUCAUCAUUAUGAAGACUGUAGAGGAAAAUUAUUACUCCCUCAAAAGAUUCUAUGUAUUGGUUUUGGAGUUGUUCUGGUGAGCAUCUAUAAUGUUACGUUAUAAACAGCCUGUGAUGGCACGUCAUGUUGAUUUCCUAGUAAUAUUAUUUUGUGUCAUAUUUUAUGUAAUAUUCAGCCAUUUUCCAACCAAACCGGCAAAAAACUGGCUUCAGUUCUCAUUUUCUAAUUUCUGGCAUGAUGCAAGUGCCACACCAUCACUCAUUUUUAUUAUCAUUGUCAAUUAUUGCAGUGUUUUAUUUCAAGCUGGAUUAACAUUGGAAAUAAUGUGAUCGAUACUGUGAAGCUCGCCUACUCUCAAGAUGAAGAUAUAUUGUAGGUUCAACGAGCUGAGUGUCCUCUAAAUGUAGUUCCAUUGUUCAACUGUAAGUCACAGAGUUUACAUCAACCAAAAAAUGUUGAAGUAGUCAAAAUGUUUUUUUUUCUUUAUUUUUAGUAUUUUUUGGCACAAAAACCUCACGCAGUCAGUUAGUUAGUUUACUUCAAAAAGGAUAAAAGUCCAGAUUGCUGAAGAUAACACCGAAAAAAACGGACCUGAUCUGAAGCCUUGACUUAAAUAUUAUUUUCAAAUUAAGGCUUAAAGCUAUUCAUUAAUGUGAAAGUGGCAGAAAAGCCAUAGUAAUGUAAUCAUUAUGAUGCAGUUAUUCAAAAAAACAUGUAGUAUUAUUUUUAUUUUGCACUUUUUUAUUUUUUAAAAAAAAUGUUUUUAGUAUUUUUGGGGGCCUUUAACUGUAUGACUUUAUCAAAUAAAAUCUGACACAGGUUAUUAUUAAACAUUUUUAUGUUGACAACUCAUACCUGAUAUAGUUAGGCCUUUGGUGGUUUUUGCACUGAUUUGGGUGUUUUUUUUUUGUUUUUUUUUUGUUUGUUUUUGUUUUUUACCAAAAUCAGAAUAUUUGCAUUUCAAUAAAGGAAAAAUAUCUUUUACAGUGUUCUGAUUCAAAGUGAAAUAUUGAUCAGUGAAGUCUAAAACUUAGUGAGAAUUUACAUAGACCCUGAACAUGUUUUAGUCUAAAUAAAGAAGCAUUUGUGGCCACAAAUCUUGCCGUUUUCCCGUUUCAAGCCUUAAGGUUUAAACUUUCCAAGAUCUGUGGUGCAUUCACAUUCUGCUUGGGGUGUUGAACUAUAAUUUGCCUAAUAUAAAUGCACUGUAAGCAAUGUGUUGUCUUCUUUGUUGGCUGGUUCUGUAACCAAGAGUCAUACAAAUAAAUGAGUACAGCACAA